AUGGUGGCUACGAAGAUGCCUCGUAAAAACUUGGGCAGCUAUGAAGAUAGAAAAGUAGGUCAGAAGCUACCUGUAAAUACUGCAAAACUAAAAAAAAAAGCUCAGAUUGCUUCCGAGGCUCCAAUUAUAUCUAAUAGGCCCAGAAGGUUCAGUUUGAUAUAUUCUUCAGAUUCCUCGCUGACCGAUGUACCAGAAGAAGGCAACCGAAGAGUGGAUUUGGGAGUCUCUGCCGCUAAUAGAAGACAUGGAAAAGUGAAAAGUAUAUCAAAUAAUGCCACAGGUAAAAGAAGUAAACUGAUACACCAGUCUUCUAAUUCAGAUAAUGAAAGCACAGAUUCAUCAAACUAUCAAGCUGUUGCAAGCGACAACAAUAAUGACUAUGGUGUUGAUGAAGGUGAUGAAAACAGUAGCGAUAGUGAUAGCGAAAGUGAUAGUGACAGUGAUAGUGGCAGUGAUAGUGAUAGUGAACUAACGAGUUCUGACGAUGAGACUAUAGAUUUUGUCAAAUUAACCGCCCAAAGGAAGAAAAGAGCGAUGAAGGCGCUUUCUGCCUUGAAAAGGAGUAAAUCACCUACAAAAUCUGCUGUAAAUGAUGAAAAGCGCAUUGGAAAAAAUAAGGAAAAUCGUGUUUCAACUCAAGUGCAGGAUUCAACUUCUGAUCCCGCCUCCGAGUCUGAUUACGAUUCUAAUCAGAAUUCUGGGUCUUCCUCGGAUAAUGAGGGAAGCGGUGUUGAUAACAACGGUGCAUUGGCAUUUAAUUUCAGAAAGGAUGACGAUGGGAUAAGGUAUGGUAGAGUGAGCAACCAGGGCAGUGAAGAAGAUAUAGGUGAGGAAGUUAAAGAAUCUAAUGAAAUACAAGUUUCAGCACUAGAGAAUGACAAUUUAAAUCGAUUUAAUGUUCCAGAAUUCUCCGCGUCAGAAGAGUCUGAAUAUGACAUCGACCAAGAUGCGUACUUUAAUGUGAUUGAUGAUGAAAACAUUUCGUUGAAUGAAAUGGACACUGGAUUGGAAACCGGAGAAGACGAGCUGCCAUUGCUUCAAGAGGAAGAAAAGAAUCUAGUCUCGCAAUUGCAAGAUGAUGAUGAACUAUCGUUUGAUGGUAGCAUACAUGAAUCUGGCUCAGAUCCCGCAGAAAGAUCUAGGAACGAAAACAAGAACAAAGAUGAGGAAUACGAUGAUGAAGAUGAAGAAAUGACAAUUUUCGAUAUGCCAUUUUAUGAAGAUCCAAAAUUUGCGAGUCUCUAUUACUGUGAAGAUGGCAAUGAACCUCGUCUAAGUUUGAGCACUUCUUUACCACUGUUGAUAACUGAUGAGAAAAGGUUGAAAUUGAAGAGAAGGGAAGCGAAAAAGAUUGAAAGAAAGGAGUUAAUGGAAAGAAGACGAAAUUUAAAACAAGGUAAAAAUAAAGGUUUGAAGGUUGAUGUUGGUGAAUACAUAUUCGGUGUAUUUUUCCAAGACGAGAAUGAGGAUGACGAUCACGACCACGACGGUCGUAGUAGGGAAGGUAAACGUCGCGUAGAGUUCAACAAAAACUUGGAUUUAGAGUCACCAUUGCGUCGGUUGGGUUCCGCGGCAGCAUCUGAUGCUAGUUCGGACGAUGAAUAUGAGAACAUCUUAUUAGACAUAGCCCAUUUGCCAUCAGAAGAUGAUGAUUAUAUGGACGAGGAAAAGAAAGAAGAUUUGAAGGAUAGCUCAGGCAGCGUGGUAAAAGUUGAAGAGAUAGAGCGUAAAGAUUAUGUUCCGGGCGAUUCAGAAAUCGAUAUGGAUGCAGAUGAAGGUUAUGACGAUGAUGAUGACGAUGACGAUGAUAUGACUGAUACCAAUGUUUUUAUCGAUAUUGAUGACUUGGAUCCUGAUUCGUUCUAUUUCCAAGCACUUGACGAUGAAAACUCGUCUUCCUUUUCUGAAACGACAUCUGAUGAUACGGAUUUGGACGAUAAAAAAAUCUCUAAGGAUGAAGUUACGGAAACCAUAGUAUAUGUCGACGAUGAAUCAACGGACGAAGACGAUAAUUUGCCAUCACCAAGCGCUCAAAGCAAGGCUAUUGGAUCAAAAGCCAAAGAGGUUGUCAGUGCCAAUAUAGUUGGGCUAAGACCCCCAAAAUUAGGAACAUGGGAGACUGAUAGCAAACCCUUUACAAUAAUUGAUGGUCUUUCCACAAAGUCUUUGUACCCACUAAUCCAGGAGCAUCAACAAUUUUUAGAGCAACAAAGAGCACAGUCCCAAUCACCGGACGCACAUUCUAUGCCCGACCUAAGUCCAGCUAAUGGAGAUGAAUUGACACUGAACGAAUUGUUAAAUAUGAGUGAGUUAGAAGACGAAGAGAGCGCUGCACCAUCAUAUUCUAAAGCAGUUUCUGAUUGGUAUAAAAAACCUACGGUACCUCUUUCUGCCUUCCGAAACAAAGGUGUCAACUCUAUGGAGGAGGAUGAGUACAUGCUGCCCGCCAAUUCUACUAGGAAAGUACCCAUUGGUUAUAUAGGAACUGAAAGAACUCGCAGAAAGAUUGAUAAAAUGAAAGAAUUACAAAGAAAGAAAUCUGAGAAGAGAAGGAAAUUGAAAAAAAGAAAGAAGUUGCUCAAGCUAAAGAGGGAACGAGAGCGAAUGGAUAAGGAAAACUCUCUGUUGAGCGAGAAAACACCUGAGCUUGAUGCGGGUGCCUUAAUUGAUACUCUUCAUCCAUUUUCGGAGAUCGAAUCGCAAACUGAUAACUUCAAAAAGUAUUCUAUUCCGGCCUCUGAGAGGAAGAAUUCUGCUAAGAGUGUGGGCCUGGAAGAGAUCAAUGAAAUUCUCGGUAAAGAUAAUAGUGAUCUCAGCUGUGUAUACGAUAUACCUGCAACUGGUGCUGAUUUAAUAGGUAUUUCUGACGCGGAUAUUGUGACAUCUCUAACUGCGCCAAUCCAACUGACGGACUUUGAAAGUGGCAGUUCAUGGAGAAGAAGACAGAGUAUGGUAGAAGCCGCGGCUGAGAACCUUCGUUUUACAAAAAAUGGGUUAUUCAGUGAAAGUGCUUUGGCCGAUAUCGAAGGUAUUAUUGGAAAUGGCCCUACCUCUGGUGCUUUCGAAUUCAAUGAAGCUCUUCAGUAA